UAUUUCGUAUCAGAGCCAUGGUGGGAUAGUAGACGAAGUCGACAGUCAUUGAGUUCUACUUCGGAAAGAAGGUUGUUCGUGUGGAUCUGAUUCAACUUUCAAAACUUGAGGACGGGUUUUUUCAAGCCAAUGAGAACUACGUAAAACAUAUGGAGGAGAUUUGGAAGAUAUUCUAGAAGAUUGAGAGGAGAUUUGAGCAGGGAAUAUUCUGUUAAAGAUAUUCCAGCUAUUAUUGGGAUUGUGGGUUCCACUUUGUGGCUUCUUACAUUUUAUUUUGUAGGUUUGGAUAGAUAUGCUACAAUCCAGCCAUAGUUUCUAUCAUGAGUCCCAAAUCUCUUGGUGGUGAUUCCAAUGAAACCAUAUUGUGGUGAUUCCAUGGGUUGGGUAUGGUGGUGGUUCCAUUUCUGCAGGCCAGGAAUGGAUUCCAAAAAUUGGAGAAGAUUAAAGACGCAAAUCGGCAGAGCAGACAGUUGGAAGAACUUACAAAUAAAAUGCGUGAAUGCAAAAGGAUUAUUAAAGAGUUUGAUAGAGAAAUCAAGGAAAUGGAGAGCCGAAACACUCCAGAGAUGACUAGGAUGCUCAAUGAGAAAAAACAAUCAAUGAUUAAAGAACUUAAUUCUUAUGUUUCUCUGAAGAAGCAAUAUGCUAGCAAGCUUGAAAACAAACGGGCAGACCUUUUUGAAGGGCCUCAUGGUGGCGGUAGUGUUGGCGAAGAGAAUAUUUUGCUGGCUUCUUCUAUGACCAAUGAACAGUUAACCAAUGCUGGAAAUCAGAUGAUGGAUGAGACUGAUCAGGCAAUUGAGCGUUCUAAAAAGGUUGUAGAAGAAACUGUCAAUGUUGGUACAGAGACUGCAGCUGCUCUCAAAGCACAGACAGAACAAAUGGGUAGGAUUGUUAAUGAUUUGGACUCAAUCCAUUUUUCAAUGAAGAAAGCUUCUAAAUUGGUUAAGGAACUUGGUAGACAGAUUGCGACGGAUCGCUGUAUUGUGGCCUUGUUCUCCCUUAUUGUCCUUGGAAUUGUAGCAAUCAUCAUUGUAAAGAUUGUGAAUCCAAAUAACAAAGAUAUCAGGGAUAUUCCUGGGCUUGCUCCUCCAGCAACUCGAAGACUUCUUUGGAAUUAGAGGCAACAGAGAGCAAUCAUAUUCUUCUCAAGAUUCUUUUACUCCAUUUUCCAGGCAGGCUGCCAUGACUUGAUUGCUCAGUCAGACCUAGUUCAGACAAUUAUGAUCAGCAACAGAUUUUUUAUUUUAUCUUUUUUCUAUCUUCUUCAUUUUCUCUUGGUCAUAAAUAAUUUGGACUCACAAUAUUCUUGGUAUAUAUGUCCUGAUUUGAGUAUACUGUAACAUCCUAAUGUCCUGUUCUCAAUGUUCAUAACUUAUAUGUAUUUGUUAAGAAGGAAAGAUCCCAUAUUACUGAUUGGCAUUGUUUAUAUGUAUCUGACAUAAAAUUAAUUGUUCUUUCACUAA